AUGAUGUUGGUGGAGUUUGAGGCGCGCGCCCGCUCUGCUGCCGCUUUUUUUCUUUUGCGCUUCGUGAGCUAUAGCCACUAUCCCCGUGCGUUGAGGCUGAGGCUGAGGCUGGCCCGGGAGAUGAGUGAGUGUCAGCUGCGUGUUGGCAGGUUGGGCUGCGAGCUGCUUCUACUACACACGCAGCUCAAGAGGAGGCAAUGCAUGCAGUGA